CAGGACUCCACUUACUUUGUUUACACAAAUACUUGCGGUAAUUGUGAUAUUGCGAACAAAUAAACUCUUGCUGCUUUAAACCCUACGCGCUCACCAUCUCUUUCAGAAAACCUCCUCCAAUGGCGACUACCCAAGCAGGAAUACCAGCAGACAUCAUUCGCAGUGUGCUCUUGAAUCUGCCCGUGAAAGCUCUGCUGAAGUUUGAGUGUGUAUGCAAAGAGUGGUGCUCCUUAAUACGCGAUUCAAAUUUCAAGCACUCCUAUCGAGGGGAAGAGCGGUUGAUUGCCCUAUCGAAGUCGCCGGGAUUUUCCCAUCCGAUCAAAAUUAGCCUUGUUGAUCCCUUAAGCCACGUUUGUGUCCUUGAACAGCUUGGCGAGUUCACAGAGCAUUUGUCCUUUCUUAAAGACAAGCGCUAUCCUAGGCCUCAUGUUUUGGGUUGCUGCAAUGGCCUUGUGCUUCUCUCUUUUAAUUCUCAUAUUUUUCUGUGGAAUCCAUCAACCCGACAUUGUUCAAAAGUGCUUCAGCUCUUGACUGAUUCCGUAGGUGGCCCCAAGGGUUCAGGUUUUUUCUAUGACUCUUCAACUGGAGAUUACAAUGCCAUUAUAUUACUUCCCCGUUUGGUUCUUGUUGCCAGCCUCAAAAAGAAAGAGUGGCGAGAGUUGUCCCUUCCCAACAACCUGCGUUGUGGUAGACAUGUCCUUCAAUUCCGCAAUAUAUUUCAUUUUGAAGCAAUUGAUCUACAAUGGGGGACAGAUCACUUUUCACGACGGUAUAAAAUCCUUUAUUUUGAUCCGGAGAGUGAAAAGUUUAAACCUUUCCCUGCACCCAAAGUAAAGGAUGGAGUAGCUCAAGAAAUAAGUGCUUUUGGGGUUAUAGAGGAUUGUUUUUCUAUAACUAUCCACAAUAGGUGUGACAAUACCACAGAAAUACUUUCCAUGAAGAAAUAUGGUGUAGCUGAAUCCUGGGUUAGUAUGUUUAUCAUCUCAGGGUCUGAACUCCCAAUUCUUUAUUAUGACAGAGUCACCUUUUAUUCUCUGAAAAGAAAGGGUUUAAUUUGGCGUUGUUGGCGUCCGCCUACAAUGUUUGUUCUUGAUAUGGAGACAAAAGAAAGAAAGACGGUACUAGACGGCAUAACAAGGGAAACCAUUGCUGGUGGACUUGAUACAUGUCUGGUUGUUGAAAGUCUAGCCUCGCCCCAUGAAUUCAUUUGGAUAGAUGAUCAACACAAACAUUUCGCGAAGGAGAUUACAUUAAGAGGAACUAGUCUGCAGAUUAUAGGGCGGUGUGGUAUAGCAAUAGGGGCAAUAUCAAAUUAAAUUUCUCUGUUUUAUGGUGUUUUUGAUAUAUUUAUUAAGAAUUAAUAUUUAACAAUAAACAUAACAAUAUUAGUUAGAAAUACUCUAUUGCAUUUCAUGCUGCUGAAUGCUGCUCAUUUUGCUUGCUCUUAAGGUUAUGAGCCAUCAUAUGGAAGUAUUUUGAUAAGUAUAAAUUUCACAGUAGCUAAACAUUGCGCUGGCAGCUUGGACCAAUGCUGGCUUGAGUGCUUUGCCAUCUGUGAAUUGCAAAUUGGGAACUGGCCGACUUGGGUAAUUGGCAGCACUUGUCUUGUUUUGUUGUCUCAUCUAUGAUGUAAGGUUGCUUUUAACUAUGGUAGUUUGCAUCUACCAGAUUGUUUGUUAAAAAUCAAUCAGAUAAAAAGUUUCUUGUUCAGCUCAGAAUUCUGACUAACCGGAGACGGCUUUACAACAUUUCCCUUAUUAGCCGCAAAAAACCAUCCCCUUGCAUUUGCAGCCUUGAAACUGGAAUCUUUCUAAGGCAAUAUUUGAUUCUUGAUGUUUGACUUUCUAUGAAGCAAAAGAACACAAAUUUGUAGUUUUUAUUGUGACAGUAGUUUUUCAUAUUCAUCCCUCUAUCUUAAAGAAGCCAAACUGGUUUUAGAGUUUCUAUAUGUGUUACCCCUUACCCCCGUUUACAAGAGCAGCGGUGUAGUUAGACCUUUUAUUAGAGUAUCAAGGUCAUAUGGAGCUGGGUUUUAUAGUCUUAGAUUAAGUUCUGUAAGAUACGGAGUAUGAUAGAAUAGUUAAUACUUCUUAAAGGUAACAAUUGGUGUAUUACAAAGGGAACACUUGUGCAGUUCCGUUUGUUCAUCAACAAUGGAAGAUUGCAUCUUAUACUAAUUUGAGUUCAUACUACGUAUAUUUUAUUUGUUCUUUUCAACUUUGUGCAUUUACAUCUAGCCACAAAAUUAGAAUGUGA